AUGAUUGCCACCAGCAUUUUUGUUGGGCACAAGGCCUGGCGGUACUUCCACCCCAAGCCGGCGAAGGAGUCAAAGCUCGCAGCGCCACCCAGCGUUCAUACUGACCAGCCCCGGAAAAACUUAGACGAGCCCCAGGUUGCGAAAGACCCUGCAGACGCUGCAAAGCGUGAGGGUCUCUCGCGCAAGAGAAUCAUCAUCUGCUGCGACGGUACCUGGCAGACUUCAGCCACAGGACGGAAGAACGUUCCUUCCAAUGUCACACGGCUAGCACGCUCCAUUGCUCACAACAAUCGACCGACUGGCAGUGAUGAUAGCCAGGCCCAAGAUGACAAGAUCCAGCAGAUUGUGUACUACAGCCCAGGUAUCGGUACCGGCGACGGCGUUAACAUCCUUGAGAAGGGACGCCAGGCAGCGUUCGGCGAUGGCCUUGUAUCUGACGUCAUCAAGGCUUAUACAUUCGUCGUCAUGAAUUACUCUCCUUUCGACGAGAUCUAUUGCUUUGGUUUCUCUCGAGGAGCCUAUACCGCCCGCGCGGUGGCAGGUCUCAUCACGGACAUCGGUAUCAUCAAGCCUCAAGAAUUGGAUGACUUCCCGGAGCUCUACCGCCUGUAUCGGAAGUGCAGCAACAAUGACAGCUUCGGGUUCCGCAAGUCCCCUGAGUACCGAACCUGGAUCAUGGGCGUCGAGAAGAAGGGAGUCGAGUCUUGGGUCACGGACACAAGCCGAUCCGAUAACAACUGGUCCCAGGUGCCGCACUCCCUGCCUCCUGAGUUUACGAGAAUUGUCCACGUUGUCGGCGUUUUCGAUACUGUCGGUGCUCUGGGAAUACCUUAUAUGGGCUGGACCCAAAAAUUGAGCAACGAGGUUGCUAAGCACUUUCGAUUUCUCGGCAUUGAUGAAUAUGGGUUCCACAACCCUUCCCUGAGCAGGUACAUCAAGCAUGCAUUCCAUGCCCUAGCACUGGACGACAAGAAGACUGCAUUCACACCAACUCUGUGGCGCCUUCCCACCGAUGACCAACAAGCUCCUCGACGUCGUCUGGAGACGAGAGAAACGCUCGCACAGGACCUCAGGAAGCUUCUUAGUAUCAAAAACCCGAACACAGAGACGAGGAAGAAGAUAAAUGACGCAUGGAGCGCCAUGGUAGAUCGUGAGAUGUGGGAUCAGCUGAAAGACGAGCACUCGCCCGAUGACAAGCCAGAAUUUUACGAACCGAAACUCCAGCAAGUUUGGUUCCCCGGUAGUCACCAAAACAUCGGAGGCGGUAAUCCUGGCAUUUUGAUGGGAGCACCAUUUGACUGCGAACAACUCGCGCUCAUCUCCUUCACCUGGAUGUGCGACCAAGUCAGCCCCUUCCUCCGAUUUGAUGACCAGCAGAAAGAGGCAUAUGGAGGCAAGCCGAAAACCUUGUCAACCCUCGCAGACCGCGAAAUUGAGUCACGCGGGAAGCUCAUUGAAUUUUCGAGGCAAUUUCGAGGCCUUCACUACAGCUCACUUGUGAAAUUCGGCCGUCAGUUACUCGUCUUCUUCAGGCUAGUGAAGAUGGGCGAAGACAACCAAGAUUGGGCCCUGGGACCCAUAAUUGGGGAUACGUCCUUCAUCGACGGGCGAUUGCUUCUUAGCUCGCUCGCACGCUUGCUCUUCCGCUCACUCUUGAGCUUGCUUUUUGGCUGGCUCUUCCGCUUCUUCUUGAACGACAGAACUCCGGGCGAAUACAAACUAGACGGUCAUCAGAACGCUCCUGGGAUCACCAAAGAGCAAGUCCAUCCUGCCGUGAGAUAUCGUAUGGAAAAGGAUUCCCGAUAUCGCCCUGGCGCCCUCAAGCCCUACAAGUCGGAAAAGAAAUACACUAAUGCUCGUGGGGGAAAUCGGUACGUGUACAAAUGGGCUAACGGAAAUCUGACCCUUCCGGAAUACGUGGUCAAGCCUGAGGAUCUGAUCUCGCGCCAACUGAUCAAUCGGUCCGACCUUAGUAGGGAAUGGUUCAGAACACUUUGA